AUGGAGAGCAUAACGGAGUGGGACUUGGGAUCACUUCGAACGUAUUACUCCGUUGAACCUAGUGAGAACUUUCAAGAAGACGAGUUUUUAGACUUUAACCUCGUUCCUUGUCUUCAAACGGAGCUAUGGAAGGCUCAAACGAGAAUCAAAGAGCUUGAGGCUGAAAAGUUUAAAUCAGAGGAAACUAUAAGAUGUCUCAUCAGAAACCAAAGAAAUGAGAAAGAAGAAACCACUAAUCCAUUUGUUGAUUACUUGAAGGAAAAGUUAAGCAAAGAGAGGGAAGAAAAGAAAAGAGUUAAAGCUGAGAAUUCUAGGUUAAAGAAGAAGAUUUUGGAUAUGGAGUCAUCAGUAAAUCGGUUGAGAAGAGAAAGAGAUACAAUGGAGAAGGUGUGCGAGGAACUGGUGACGAGGAUCGAUGAAUUGAAGGUGAAUACAAGGAGGGUGUGGGACGAAACGGAGGAGGAGAGGCAGAUGUUGCAGAUGGCUGAGAUGUGGAGGGAGGAAAGGGUUAGGGUUAAGUUCAUGGAUGCAAAACUUGCCUUGCAAGAAAAGUAUGAGGAGAUGAAUUUGUUUGUGGUCGAGUUAGAGAAGUGUUUGGAGACGGCUAGAGAAGUAGGGGGAAUUGAGGAGAAGAGGUUAAGACAUGGUGAAGGUUUGAUAAAGAUGGCGAAAUCUAUGGAAGUUGUAGACAGUAAGAUUGAUUUUGAGAGAUUUGAGUUUGUGUCUGAUGAAGGUAAUGUUUAA